AGCUGUCGUUAGCACCGUAGAGCAGCGAACGCUAGUGCUGAUAGCCGGUAAGCUAGAUGGCUAACGCUAAGUGUUUUAGCAGUAGACACAGCAGCUGACAGAACUUACAGCGAAGUUACACUGAUAUAACAGAAAAUCAGGACAGAAAUAUUAUAUUUCCUCUCUGAAGAUCUGAGACUUGAUAACGGAACCGCGAAGGAUCUAGAAAAGCCGGGUUCUGCAGCUCAAACAGAUGUGGUUUAGUUUGAGUUUCUGAAGUGCAUCAUGAAGCUCUCAGCACCAGAACCCCCUCUCUUCUUUACUCUCUUCAUCAACUUUGGUCCUUAAUCGCUCAUCAACUCAGGAGGGAGGGUCUCACUGUGUCAGAAAACACGACGGCCAGUGAGGAGAGAGAGGUGAGGGAGUCCAGUUCUUCCUCUCCACAACUCCCACCUGCACCAUCCUCCUCCUCCUCGUCCACCAUGGAGGUCCUGCUGGCACACCCUGCUCUAAAGGCAUUUAUGUGUGGUUCUCUGAGUGGAACCUGCUCUACGCUACUGUUUCAGCCCCUAGACUUAGUCAAGACUCGCCUGCAGACAUUACAGAACAGCCUCAGCCCAGGCUCUCCUAAGGUGGGGAUGCUGAGUGUGUUCAUCACUGUGGUUCGUACAGAGAAGCUGUUUGGGCUGUGGAAGGGUGUAUCUCCGUCGUUUAUGCGUUGUAUUCCAGGCGUGGGGAUUUACUUCAGUACAUUUUAUUCACUGAAGCAGCACUUUUUCGAGGACAGGGCCCCGAACGCAGGCGAGGCGGUUUUGCUGGGGGGCGGGUCGCGAUGUGUGGCUGGAAUUGCCAUGCUGCCCGUCACCGUCAUCAAAACUCGGUUUGAGAGUGGGCGUUAUAACUAUGUAAGUGUACUGGGGGCACUGAGGAAUGUGUGUGAGACAGAGGGUCCGCGGGCACUGUACUCUGGACUGACUGCCACUCUGCUCAGAGAUGCUCCAUUCUCUGGCAUCUAUGUCAUGUUCUACAGCCAGGCCAAACGGGCCCUUCCACACGAGGUAAGCUCAUCAAGCCUGGCUCCAGUGGUGAAUUUCGGCUGUGGCGUGUUAGCAGGUAUAUUAGCAUCAUUAGCUACGCAGCCAGCCGAUGUCGUGAAAACUCACAUGCAGGUGAGCCCAGCGCUGUACCACCGGACUAUUGACGCUGUACGCUUUGUUUAUUCCGAACAUGGUCUUGGUGGGUUUUUCCGGGGGGCUGUUCCUCGUUCAUUGCGGAGGACGCUGAUGGCUGCUAUGGCCUGGACUGUCUACGAGCAGCUGAUGGCACGCAUGGGGCUUAAAUCCUGAGUGUGUGUGUGUGUGUGUGUGUGUGUGUGUGUGUGUGUGUGUGUGAGAGAGAGAGCGAGACAGUGUGUGUGCUGAAAUGAGGGACAGUCCUUUUUGUAAAAGACUAAAUUGAAGCUGACACUCCUUGGGGAAUCACAGUGGGUGUGAGUAUGUGUGUGUGUGAGGCUGCUAAAUGGUGACACUUAUGAUUCUGACAGCAGGACUCAACAGAUGCAACACACACACACACACACAAACACACCAACACACAUUUUUUACACAGACACACACAUUCUCAUAAGAAACUCCACCACAUCCAACCCUAACACUAUGAACAGAACAAAAAAUGCUGAUUCAGUCAAUCAGUCAAGACAUGUUUAUUAUCUGAUGUGCACUUCUAUAGUUUGAAACGGAAAUGCUAGGCUAACAUUUCUAACAAACACUGGAAUUAGACUGUCACCAGUCUUUUAUGUAUCUGAGAUCACUCCACCAUGUUAGCUAUAUUAGCAAAUCUCUAAAUUAAGUCAUGCUACUCUACCUGAAGCUGGUGAAUAUCCUGCUCAUUAUUUUUAAAUAAUAAUUAUACAACAAACAAUCUACUGCUGAUCUGAGCUACACAGCUUAACCAUAUAGUUGUUGUAGCUAAUCAACUUCUCAGAACCAGACUGAUGUAGAAUUGCUACCUUUCCCUCUCACAAAAAGAACACAGCUAAUGACACAGAUAUAGCAGAAUUUCUAAAUGUUCUGAUGGAGCAGACCCAAGCAGUUUUCUCUCGGAGAAAAAAAAAACGGAGUUUCAGGUUUUUUGGACAGUCCAGUUCUGUCGUAGUUAUGUUAACUUCAUCCCAGUCAGGAAAAAAAAUAUAUUACCAAUUGCAGGUCCAUGACUGAGAAUAAAAACACUCCGACAUUAGAUGUUGUUUGGAUGGGUGUUGUUGUGGAGUCCCAUUAUCUGUAAUGUAAAACUCCAUACACUCAUCAGUGGUGCACAGUGAUGAAUACAGCAAUAAUGCAAAUAUGACCUUUCUCAUCAGCCUUUGUGUUUCUGUAUAGUGUUGUGCCUCAUUGCCACAGAUUUGUGUUAUUUAGCUCAUUGUGGCUGUUUUUGAAGAGCCAGUCCUAACUAAAAGUAUAAGGAUACAUGAUGUGAACAGGGUAU